AAUUUUCAAUCCAACUAGUAGAUGAUUUCUGGGAAACACAGGAAACCUUCGGCGCUUCUUGAAUGGCUGCCACUGAACAUGAAUUGACUUCAUGUGGGAAAUCAAUGGGAGACUCUAACUGUUACUCCGAUUUGCAAAAAGCCAUAGAAGAAUUCAGACGCUACUACGACAGUAGCUACAACUUAUUCGAGCGAACAGUGGAUUGUUUUCAGGAAAUCGAAAGUAGUGUUCCAGUGACUAACGACGAUGCAUUCACGUUUCUCUUGCCGCAUCAAGAGGAAGUAAGAAACGAGCUCCAGAAAAGCCCUUCGGUGUUCUUCAUCGGCGAAAAGAAUUGUGGAAAAAGCUCAGUGAUUAAUGAACUUCUUAGGAAGUCUGCUUUACCUGUUGACGAGACCCCUUGCACGGCAAGAAUUGUUCGAAUCAAAUAUGCAACUAAGCCGUACGCUAGACUCGUCGGAUCAAAUGGCGAAGAGGUAAAGAAACAGUUCUUCACCGACAAACAACCCCCAAAAGAAUUCAUCGUGGUUUCCGAUCAGAAAAGGGAAGAUGAAGCUGUCUUGGAAGCCACUGUUGAGGUCGGAUUAAACCACAAGCUUCUACAAAGUGGACUGGAACUCAUCGACUCGCCUGGGAAGAGUGAAUCAGAGGCAUUAGACAAUGUGCUGAACAGCUUCCUUAAAAAAGGCACCAUACCAUUGUUUGUAUAUGUCAUCAACGGAGAUAAACGACUCACACGCUCGGAUGAAGAAACACUGGAAUUCUUAAGGAACAAAUUUCCUCAAACUCAAAUCAUUUUUGUUUGCAACAAAGUGGACAUCACUACGAAAGCAACGAAAUAUGAUCGGCGGUCAAGACGUCGCUUGCAAACUCACAGAGAUGAUGAUGACGACGACGACAACAAUGAUGAUGAAGAUGGUGAUGACGAUGAUGAUGAAGAUGAUGAAGAUGAUGACGAUGAUGAAAAGACGGGUGCCAGCUGUAAACGUGACUCAAGAAUAGCAAACGAAAAGGGAAAGGCCGUUUUUGAUCAACUAAAAGACAGGUAUCUCCGUGGAGAUUCGUGGGAGACGUGCCCCAUGUUCCAUGCUAUUUCAGCCAAAGAAGUUCGCAAAGAACGCCGGAGAAAACAAGAGGGAGAAGCAACCACAAAAUUUCGUCUUUUUGAAUCCAGUCUAGAGAACCACCUUUGUGAGGUUGUUAAAAUUCAAACUGUUAGAGUCGUAAGAAAACUUGUACUUCUUCAAGAAAGCUUUGCGAGUACCAUGAAGGUGCGAAGGGAUUCCAUCACCCACAAAGCAUCGGUUGUGCCUUUGUUGAAUUCAAAAGCUGCCGAGGUGUUGGACAAAAUGAUCCAAACGUUGGCAAAAGCAAUCACAUUCAAGUCGGAGGAGGCAGAGCGCACGCUUGUGGAAAAUUUAGAAGUCCUGAGGACGCAUGUUUUACGCGAAGCUGAAGAGUACAAAGCCGACAAACGGGAAAGUCUGCAGAUAAAGUUUCAAACCAUGGUUAGAACUGAGCUACCGGCUUUCUCAGAGACACUGCUAGAUUCCGGCCUUGACAUUGCUUUAGCAACAUUUGUUGCUGACAUGAAACGAAGUAUCUUGGAAAUUUCAUGCCAAACCCUGGAGACAGCUGUUCACGGCCUCAUGAGGGAUUACGUCCACGAUCUUACACGUGCUAUCGAUGACUUCCAUUCAGUCGUUCAAGACCCAAUGGUCUCACGCAUAUUAGAGGACAUCUAUGACUUUCAAUUCCUGGCCGUCAAAAGUGAAACGGACCAGUUACUCCAAGUUGUAAUGAAUGGGCUUCUUGACUCCACGAACGACGUUUCUUCUGUUGCUCUGAGAACUGGAAUCUCGGAUCCUCUCUCUCGCGUUCUUUCGCCACAAGACUUGACGAAUUACCAAGACGUAGAUGUUUCCAAGAAGUCGAUCAGGUGCAAUAUUUGUGAGACUCUGUUGGCCAUGAUUGACUUCAAUGGUGUCGUGGAUUCAGUUCUAGCUGCAUGUGCAGGCCGUCUGUUAGAAAUGCAUGAGAAAUUUCAGGAUGCCCUUUCUUCUUUCAAUUCUUUGCAAGAGGCUUUUACCAACAGCUUCGUGUCGUUGCAGCUGGAAUCUUUCCGGGUCCAAUUCACCCCACAGAUUCGAAAAUUGACUGUGGAAGGAAUGGCCUUGCAAUAUUUGCAGACGUUUGGGCCAGUUGAGCGUGGUUCUCUUGUGGCCAAAACGAGACAUGGAGCUAUCUAUGACUGCAUAAGCGAAAGCUGGUGUAGUUCCUCACCCACCGGACAGUGCGUGGUAAAAGUCAUUGAAAAGCGAAAUUUGAGCGAAGCUGCCUGGAGCCAGAAUGCUGUGGAUUUAGUCAACAUGAUGGACAUAAAUCUGAGGCUCAAUGGCUCCCACCCAAACCUGUUACGCUUGUAUGGAUGGAUUCUCCCAGAUCCUGAUACCGUACACGUCGUCAUGGAGAAAGCAGAAAGGAAUCUACUGCGUGCUCUCCAACAGGGAUUGUCGCUGAUUAUAAGGCUCAACAUAGCCUUGGACGUGGCUGAGGGGUUGAAGGCCAUUCAUGAUAUUGGUUACAUCUACGAGGAUCUGAAACCUGGAAAUAUUCUGCUUAUGAAAGAUGGAAAAGCCAAGAUCAACCUCGCUAAACCUGAAAGUCCUUACAACAUGACCACUCUUGGUUCACCGUUCCACAUCUCACCAGAAAUGUACCACUAUCACCGAGAAAGCCACCUCAGUUAUCAUUCGUACGACAUCUACGCAUUUGGAAUGUUACUGUGGGUGCUCUUUGAGGGAAGUGGGACAACAAGACCUGAAGUUUACCAAAACUUGAAAACUACUGAGGAAAUGCGAGAAGCGGUUGAGAAAGGAAUCCUUCCGAAAAGACUGCCACGGGUGAAUGAUGCCUGCUGGAAUUUGAUGAUGACGUGCUGGAAAAACAGAGAAAGCAUUAAAAUGGAAAACGUCAUCUGUGAAUUGAACCCGAUAAGGCAUUCUUGCCUAGACACUUUGAUGCCCAGCGACCGUCGUUGAACAAAUAUUGUAUUCCUUGUUCCAGAAUUUUAUUACAUAAGAGCAUACCAUGCAAGAUGUUUAAAACGUUUAGGAAUUACUCAUCAAAAAGAUAGAAAAGGGAUAUAAAAAGGAUGCUUGAAGUCUUAGGAGAGAGUUAGCUGUACCGGAUCCAAAGUAUGUAGCAAGACAUAUUCCUUAUAAACUGCACCUAUCACCAAAUCUGUGAGGGGAGGGGUUGAUAUUUCUGGACAUAGCCAUAUACCCCUAUCGAGUAAUGUUAAUAGAUUUUUGGAAGAAUCGAUGUUAAUUUACAUUUUGAUUUCAUAUAAGUUCAGAAUAGGUUGGAAAUACUUUCGAAGAAUGGUGGUGGGAAAGAGAGACAAAAAAUAUAUAGACAAAAAAUAUAUAGACAAAUUGCUGCAGGCAAAAGGAGGCGGAACUCAACAGAAGUAACACCUAAUUGAAAUUGCCUGGAUAUAAUUCCACUAGAGGGUUGAGCUGAAACAGUAUAGUACGGGUUUCUUACUAGUUGGCCUGGCAGUUCACAGUACUGGUCUUUGUUUUUCUGGCGGUGUAUCCUGAAGUUUUUAUGCAGUUUCAUAUGCAGUGAUCGAGAGGCUUUAUUACAAAAUUUCUAUCUAGAUAGGCGAAUUUUUGAAAUUUUUAGCCUUUCAAGUGGUAAAGUUUUCUCAAUAUAUUCCUUACACUAGACAAAAGUGAACGUUUAAUUUCAGCUUUAGAUCAUAUUUCUUUGCACAAAAAUGUGGGUCGAAAGAAUCGGGCAGGGACACGUUAGUAUAAUUGACCAUGUAACUAGAUACUAUAGAAACUAUACUUAAAGCACCAACCUAACUAAAGCUGCUUUCCACGAAUGCCGUGCCUGAACGUACUUCUUUAAUUAAACGCUUAAAUAACCCAAGGGACUCUGCUUGUCUCAUGUUACGAGGAAGUCUGUUCCAAAGAGUGACGCCGCUGUAGCUAAAGUUAUUUUUGUAAUAGUUUGUGCGCGGCAAAGGGAGAUUAAGCUUAUUCUCAGUCUCUUAGGUUCUAUACGCAGUUUGGUAUU